AUGGAAAACGCCGACGUCUUAGGUUUACAGGACUUCCUCGAGCGCAUGCGCCAACCCGCCGCCGCGGAUUUCGUCAAAGCAAUCAAAAGUUUCAUUGUUUCGUUCUCCAAUAAUGGACCCGAUCCUGACAGAGACAGUGCCGCCGUACAAGACUUUCUUGCUAAUAUGGAAGCUGCUUUCCAGGCUCAUCCGCUUUGGUCUGGUUGCUCUGAAGAUGAACUCGAAAGUGCCGGUGAAGGUCUUGAGAAGUAUGUCAUGACGAAGUUGUUUGCCCGUGUGUUUGCUUCAAUUCCAGACGAUGUAAAACUUGAUGACCAACUUUCGGAGAAGAUGGCAUUGGUUCAACAGUUUAUUCGACCGGAAAAUUUGGACAUCAAGCCAGCAUUCCAGAAUGAACCAUCAUGGUUGCUUGCACAGAAAGGAUUACAGAAGAUCAACACGCACAAGGCACCAAGAGACAAACUUAUCUGUAUCCUAAACUGUUGCAAGGUUAUUGGCAACUUGCUGCUUAAUGCUUCUCUUGCUUCCAAAGAUAAUCCUCCCGGAGCUGAUGAAUUUCUUCCUGUGCUAAUCUAUGUUACUCUAAAGGCAAACCCUCCACAAUUGCACUCCAAUCUUCUGUACAUACAAAGGUUUAGACGCCAAUCUCGUUUGGUUGGGGAAGCAUCAUAUUAUUUUACAAACAUGCUUUCUGCCGAAGCCUUCAUCUCAAACAUUGAUGCAAAAGCCAUUUCGAUGGAAGAAACGGAGUUUGAGAGAAAUAUGGAAUUUGCCCGUGCUCUUCUUUCAGGGCUUUCAGUUGAUACGCAAGAUCCCAAUUCACCUUAUCAAAAUCAUGGAGACAAAAAUAAAACUUUGAGCGACAAUAAGGACCCUGCAUUACGAACUCCAACAUCUUCUACAAAAUUAGAAAGUAAGAAAGUGACUUUUGCAGAUGAGUCAUUGAUCACAAAAGUUCCAUCCCUCUCAGAUUUGGAGAAUAAAGGGGCAAGUAUGAUAAUAAAGGAGGAUAAGUUGAAUGAUGUUUUCAGGGAGUUUCCAUAUUUGUUUUCCAGUGUUGGUGAUCUAACAGUAGGUGAUGUUGAAGAUCUUCUAAAUAAUUACAAACAAUUAGUUUUCAAGUAUGCGUGUCUUUCCAAAGGGUUAGGUGUCUCAUCUACAUCUCAUCUUCCAUCCAAUCCUCAAAAUAAUGCUCAGGACCAUGCUGAAACCCUUUUCAAAGGGUUAGAUGUCUCUUCUUCGUCUCAUCUUCCAUCCAAUCUUCAAAAUAAUGCUCAAGACCAUGCUGAAACUGCAAUAGAUUAUUCGGGCGGAAGACCUGUAGCCUCCAAUGACAAAUUCGAAAAAUUUACGGAUAGAUCAGAGGAUAACUCAGAUCCUGAGGAGAGAAAAAGUGAUUCAGGUUUGCCACAGGAUGAGGCAGUUGCAUCAGAGGAUGGUGCCCCCUCUUAA